AUGCAGAUGCCUUCGAAACAGAGGGUGUACAAUUGGUACAUUUCCUUGGUUGCAGCCUCAACCAUGGUGCUCUACGGUUAUGACGCCUCAGUCUUCAAUGCCGUGCAGGGUUCCGAUAAUUGGAAAAAUUACUGGGGUAACCCAAAUUCCAACCUCCUAGGUACCAUUAAUACCGCCUACACUUGUGGUGGUAUCGCUGCAGGGUGGUUCGUCUCCGCUCCAAUCUCGGACCGCUUCGGUCGUCGUAUGUCUAUCACUAUCGGUUGUAUCCUUGUCAUCGCCUCAACUUUCAUUCAAGCCUUCGCUCCGGAGGGUCAUGGUGUUGGUGGUUUCUUGGCUGGGCGUACUAUCAUCGGUUUCGGCCAAGGUAUCGCGCUCCCAGCCGGCCCCGUCUACAUUGGUGAAUUGGCCCCAGCAGAUAUCCGUGGAAAGAUUAUGUCUUUCUGGCAGAUGUUCUACUCCGUCGGUUCCUUCCUCGCCUUUUGGAUUAACUACGCCUGCACAAAGAACAAGGGAUCGCUCUCUCAUGAUUGGGAUUGGCGCAUGGUCGUAAUUUUCCAGGUCAUGGUUCCAAUUAUCAUCAUAUCCCUGAUUUGGUUCUGCCCUGAGACUCCUCGUUGGUUUAUUCAGAAAGGAAGAAUCGAAGAAGCCAAAGCUGCGCUCCGCCGAGUUAGAGACACCGAAGAAGAAAUUGAGGAGGAAGUCGCCCAAGUCCAACAAGCUCUCCAAUUCGAAAGGGAAACACUCGAUGGUUCUUAUCUCCCGCUCUGGAAGGACAAAUCUCUCCGAAAGCGUCUUUUACUCGCCUUCGUUAUCAACUUUGGUCAACAGGUCACCGGCCAGGGUUCUCUUAAUUCUUAUUCUACCCUUAUCUACAAGAAGAUCUUCAAAAGCAACAGCACUAUUCAACUCAUCAAUGCUCUCAACGGCACCUUCGGUAUCCUGUUCACUCUCACAGCUACCUUCACCGUCGAUACUUGGGGUCGUAAGAUGGUUCUCUUCAUCGGAGCCCUCGGUAUGUCCCUCUGCAUGGUUAUAUCCGCCUCAGUUUACGUCGCAACUCCAACAUACGCGGAGGAUACCAAAUCUACACAAGUCGGCGCUGGAAUUGUGGUUAUGAUGUUUAUGUUCGCCUUCUUCUACAAACCAUCCUGGGGCGCUGUCGUCUGGAUCUGGACUGGUGAAGUUUUCUCCAUGAAUGUCAGAGCGCAGGCUGUUGGUAUGUCUUCUCAGAUGCAGAACGUCGGCAAUCUCAUUGUCAACCAGAUUUUCCCCCUUAUUCUUGAGAAGAUUGGAUUCAAGGCUAUGUACAUGUUUGCCGGUAUCAACAUUAUCCUUGCCGCUUUCACAUGGUUUUUCCUACCAGAAACAAAGAAUGUUAGGCUCGAAGAGAUGGACGCCCUGUUCGGUGGUGUCAAUCAUAUCGAAAAGGGUGCUACUCUGGUUGAAGGCCACUCCACCCACAUCACUGACGAGAAGGGACAGGAUCUCACUAUCGAAGAAGUCAGCCGCAAGGUUUAA